AUGCCUGCUUAUGCCAAAUACAUCAAGGAGCUGGUUUCAAAUAAGAAAAAGUUAGAAGAAUAUGCCACAGUUACACUUAUAGAGAAGUGUAGUGCGAUUCUACAAAAAAAGCUACCACCUAAAUUGACAGAUUCAAGGAGUUUUACUAUUCCUUGUGAUAUUGUUUGUAAUAUUAUCGAAAAUUGUUUAUGUGAUUUGGGCGCUAGUGUUAACUUAAUGCCUUAUUCUCUAUGCAAGAAACUUGGUAUAAUAGAUAUCAAGCCGAUUAAUGUGACUGUUCAACUCGCAGAUAGAUCACUCAGAUAUCCAUAUGGUGUAGUUGAGGGUGUCAUAGUGAAAGUCG